GGCUUCCUCUCUUUUUUCAUUUUUUUUGUGUCCUGAGAAAAAAAAAAUUCUUAUCGAGAGCUGUGUAAACCCUAAUCUCUAAUCAGCUUAUCUCCGAUCCAUUGAUCGGUUCCUGUAUGGAGACAGUGUCUGUGUGUUUUAAUUUGAAAGCUUUGGUACUAAAUUGCGUGCUUUGAAACUCUGGUUUUGUGUGGUUUGGAUUCAAGACAUGGAUUUGGAAGCUCGUUGUAAGGAUAAGCUUUUACAUUUUAGGAUUAAAGAGCUCAAGGAUGUGCUUACUCAACUCGGACUUUCGAAACAGGGAAAGAAGCAGGAACUUGUUGAGCGGAUCUUGACCGUUCUUGCUGAUGGACAAGCUGCAAGGUUGUGGUCUAAAAGGAAUACAGUGGCGAAGGAAGAAAUUGCAAAACUUGUGGAUGAUGCUUAUAGGAAAAUCAAAGUAUCUGGGGCAAGUGAUUUGGCAUCAAAAGGACAAGUAAGUUCAGAUACUAGUAAUCUGAAAGUCAAGGGGGAGCCUGAAGCUUCUUUUCGACCAGAAAUGAAAGUUCGAUGUGUUUGUGGAAGUUCACUUGAGACAGACUCAAUGAUUCAGUGUGAUGAUCCAAGAUGCCAUGUUUGGGAGCACGUUGGCUGUGUUAUUCUCCCGGAAAAGCCUAUGGAUGGAAAUCCACCACUUCCUGAAUCAUUUUAUUGUGAAGUCUGCCGACUCACUCGAGCUGACCCAUUUUGGGUUACAGUAGCACAUCCACUUUAUCCAGUGAGGUUGACUGCAACGGCCAUCCCAACCGAUGGUACAAGCACAAUGCAGACUGUUGAGAGAACAUUUCAAAUCACAAGAGCAGACAAGGACUUAUUGGCCAAACAAGAGUACGAUGUUCAGGCUUGGUGUAUGCUUUUGAAUGACAAAGUUCUCUUCAGGAUGCAGUGGCCUCAGCAUGCUGAUCUGCAGAUCAAUGGUAUGCCUGUACGCGCAAUUUACCGACCUGGAUCACAGCUUUUGGGAGCCAACGGCCGCGACGAUGGACCUAUUAUCACACCUUUUGUUAGGGAUGGAAUUAACAGAAUAUCCUUGAGUGGAGGUGACAGUCGGAGUUUUUGUUUCGGAGUUAGACUUGUGAAGCGCAGGACUCUACAACAGGUUCUAAAUUUGAUUCCAGAAGAGACGAAAGGGGAGACGUUUGAAGAUGCGCUUGCACGUGUCCGACGAUGCAUUGGAGGUGGAGGUGGAGAUGAUAAUGCCGACAGUGAUAGUGACAUCGAAGUUGUUGCUGAUUUCUUCGGUGUCAAUCUCCGCUGUCCUAUGAGCGGUUCUAGGAUAAAAGUUGCGGGGAGAUUUUUACCCUGUGUGCACAUGGGCGGUUUUGACCUCGAGGUGUUUGUGGAGUUGAAUCAACGCUCUAGAAAGUGGCAAUGCCCCAUUUGCCUGAAGAACUACUCGGUGGAGCAUGUAAUCGUGGAUCCUUAUUUUAACCGAAUCACAUCAAAGAUGAAGCAUUGUGAUGAAGAGGUGACUGAAAUUGAAGUGAAACCUGACGGCUCUUGGCGUGUUAAAUCCAAAAAGGAGAGUGAGCGUAGGGAACUGGGGGAACUCACACAGUGGCACGCACCUGACGGUAGUCUUUACCCCUCUGGUGAUGAGACUAAACGGAAGAUGGAAAUGAUGAUCCCGGUUAAACAAGAAGGUUUCUCAGAUGGCGGCGGCCCAAUCCCUCUGAAACUUGGCAUAAGGAAGAAUCGUAAUGGCGUCUGGGAAGUUAGCAAGCCUAAUAAUACAAAUGGAAUGUCUUCCAGUAAUAGGCAAGAGAAGAACGUCAUUCCAAUGAGUAGUAGUGCUACUGGAAGUGGUAGGGAUGGUGAUGACACAAGCGUCAACCAGGGUGCUGCUAUUGGAACCUUUGACUUUGGAACCAACGGCAUUGAACUUGAUUCAGUUUAUAACCAAGCUGGAGAGGAUAGAAACAAUGAAGUUAUUGUUCUGAGUGAUUCUGAUGAAGAUGAUGAUAUAGUAAUCACCCCUGGACCUGCAUACAGUGACUCUCGAACCAACGGUGGAGUAAAUUUUCCAUUGAACUCUUAUAACGAAGACCCACACAACAUAGCUGGGGGAGGAAGCUCACGGUUAGGUCUUUUCAAUGAUGAUGAUGAAUUCGAUACUCCUCUUUGGUCAUUUCCUUCUGAAACUCCAGAAGCCUCCGGGUUCCAACUAUUUACAUCUGAUGCUGCUGAUGUUUCAGAAGGUUUAGUUGGUUUGCAUCAUCAAGUAGCUCCUGGAGACUACACCAUGGCUCCUGAGACAUCAAUGGUUGCUCCGUGCUUGGACGGAAGAUCUGAUGGUCUUACUAAUGAUGGACUAGUUGACAAUCCUCUUGCGUUUGGUAGAGACGACCCCUCGCUUCAAAUAUUUUUGCCAACGAAACCAGAUGAUGCUUCAGCUCAGUCUGGUUUUCGAAACCAAGCUGAUAUGUCAAAUGGUAUCCGCAGUGAUGACUGGAUCUCCCUUAGGCUUGGUGAUAGUGCCUGUGGGGAUCACGGAGAGCCUGCUACUGCAAACGGGCUAAUGCCUACAAGGGAAGGUUCUUUGGAUAAUAUGACAGAGAAUGGUUUGUUCCCUGACUCAGACAGUAGACAAGACAAUGCAAAGAAGCGAGGAAGAUCAGAUAAUCCAUUUUCAUUUCCUCGCCAGAAGCGUUCUGUAAGACCUCGGAUGUUCUUGUCCAUUGACUCAGAUUCUGAUGAGUGA